AUGUCAGUCCCCGUUGCGUCUAAGGUGCUACGCCAGGCUCCUGCAGUGCGAAACCCGAAAAAGCGUGGAGGUGGUUGGAAAGAAUGUCAAUUUUGGGAGAAGCACGAAAACGAAGAAGAUGGUGAGACUCGUUGGGGCCAAGAUAUUGUAUGCCGAAACAUCCAUGUUCGUUCAGAGCAUUUUUCAAUCUGCCUAUUUCAUGACUGGGGGUUUGUCACCACAGUUGAGAAUGCAAAGAGGGAAUGGACAAGUUGUUGGAUCGAUGAGGAACACAGAAAAAAGCGAGGCAUAUUUCUGUGGAUGUUCAACUGGGAUCUCUUUCGAGACUCUAUCAAACAAGCUAGAGGAGGGAACUUCCCGGAAGACCUCGUGCUCCGCUUACCCUGGGUGGAAGAACCAUUGGAGGCCAGCACGGAAUUUGAAUGGCGCAAAUCUAUGGCCGCAAUGGAAUUUCUUUUCGCAAGUGACCACCGGCUGUGGUGUAGGAAGCAGCGACCAACCAUAGUGGUCUGCAGGGCCAAGGAAUUUCGCACGCUCGUUGAUCAGGGCUGGGCAGCUCUCAUGAGCAAGCUGAAAGAGGGAGAAGCCGGAGAUGCCAACGGGGAGGCACAAUUUCAAGAAUCAGACAGUACCACAGAUUCAAAUGUGUUAGAAGGACCUGAACUCCAGGCCAAGGACGCAAAUUCGGGCACGGACAAUGUCGCGGACGCCACAGUAGGAGAUGAUGGCGGUGAUGCAGCUACUGAGUCCACCACAACAACUACGACCACCGUUAGUAACUCUUCGACUACGACGACUACGACGACCGUCACCACAGUCGCCGGUGGUGGUACUACUACGAACACCACUACAACAACCCUCACGAAAAGGAAGAACCAAACCCAAGCAGAGUCUCGGGAUGGAGGGAACAACAAGAGACACAGAUGGAACACAGCACGGGCUGAACGAAACAAAGCCACCAUCGACUUAGAACAAGAGAAGUGA